GUAGGUAGGUACCAGUUAUCGCACGAUGAUUGUUUGAGAGCACUCCAGUCCAGAGUAUUUAAAGCUUGAGAGCAUAUUUGAGUUUUACUUCUGUUGACAUUUUUCCGCCAAACGUUGACGUUGCAACAUACAGUGAUAAUGAAUUUACUCUUUUCUGUUACUUUUUUGAUUGGUGUUUUCCAUGUUUCGUGCGAAAAGCUUCAGGUGUCCGUUUAUUACGAAUCACUUUGUCCUGACAGUAUCCGGUUCAUUACUAAACAGCUCCAACCGGCUUACAAACUGAUCGGGUCCAAUUUAGAAGUGGAUCUCGUACCUUACGGAAAAGCAUCGCAAUAUCAACAAAGCGGCAAAUGGGUCUUCAAAUGUCAACACGGUCCGUCGGAAUGUCGGGGUAACAUGUUGCAAGCGUGCGGUUUAGCUACAGAUAAAAGUCAGGAUCAAAAAGUCGACUUCGUGUAUUGCGUCAUGAAACAAUGGAAUCCCAGUGGCGAUCAAGCAAUCGAACAGUGUUCUGGAAAAUUGGGACUAAAGAGCGAUGCGAUUUUCCAAUGUGCCAACAGUGCACAAGGUAGUGAUCUUUUGGCAAAGAAUGGAAAACAAACGCACGCAGUAAAGCCAAAGAUUACUUUCAUACCGACUAUUGUGUUUAAUGGCGUAUACAGUUCUGCGAACCAAAGCGGCGCGUUGAGAAAUUUCUUACAGACGGCCUGUGAUCAAUUCACCGACAAACCCAAGGGAUGCAACGCGUGAUUACCAUUAAUAUUAGGCAUUAAGUUAAGGUAUCAUUAGAAAAAUCUGCUGUACCUAUUCAAUUUGAAUUAUAUGCCUUUAAUCAAACUGGAUUUGUCGACAAUAAAUCAACAAAAACA